AUGCCUUCCUUCGGCUCGUUCCUCAAGAAGAAGCGCACAAAGGAGGGCAGCUCCGGCUCUGACCCCUCCGCAAAGGCCAGCAGCAGCAACCACCACAGCGCAGCGCACCCCACCAGCCCCGUCGCAUCCAAGAAGAGCUGGGACGACUCGACAGCGGCGCAGCAGCAGCAGCAGCAGCAGACGCAGACGCAGACGCACCAACAGACGCAGCCGCGAGCCAUCACCUUCAAGCCCGGCUCGGGUGGUGCCAGCGCUGGUACCGCUACCUCGGGCCCUCCAGGCGCUGCCGCAUCGAGCGCGGGCUCGGGCAUUGCUGGUGCUGGUGCUGGUGCUGGUGCGGGUACAGCGACAGGCACCAACCUCACUGCUGGCCUCAGCAGCAGCAGCGGCAACCACAGCGCCUUUCCAGGCGCCCUGCUAGGCGCUCCUCCCCCCCAGCGCACCGCCGCCGCCUCGCCUGGCUCCAUCUCGCCGUCCGCAUCCACCCCCAUUCCCGCCUCCGCACCCGCGCUGUCGACGCCAGCUCCUGCGCCGGCCUCGUCUCUCUCGCCAGCUUCGCCCGCCCUGCUCUCGAC